AUGGAACUUUCUCAACUUAUACAUGAGGUUUUAAAUAAACAUGUUUAUAGUUCAUGGUCAAUAAUAAGACAAAAUCCAGGAAAUUUUAAACUAUACUUAGAAAGAGGAAAGUUUCUUGAGCUAUUUACUCGCUACUUCAUCUUAACAAACGGAAUUCCAUGCUUAAUAAGAGAUCCGAUAAGAUCGGAUAAACCAAAAAUUUGUUUACCAGACGAAAUGGAAGCCGAUGGAGGAUUCAACCUUCAAUAA